GAUAUCCGAAUCGUCAUCGAUUUCAGUUCCGAAUCCAGCCGCAACCACUUUGCGUUCUACACUAUCAAGAUGGUCAAAGUCAUUGAAUCACAGCAAGAGUUUAUGGAAAUUAUCAACGGCGAUACGCCUGUAAUCAUCGACUUUUGGGCAACAUGGUGUGGGCCUUGUAAACAGAUAUCACCCGUAUUCGAGAAACUUUCUACGAAGCCCGACUUUGCUGGUGUCAAGUUCUUCAAAGUCGACACCGAUGCACAGGAGGCUAUUGCACAGGAAGUCGGCAUUACUGCUAUGCCCACCUUCAUGGUCUUCCGCAAUGGUGAGAAGAUCGAAGAAACUAAAGGCGCACUUCCAGCUAAUCUCACGAAACUUGUCGAGAAAGCUGCUAGCUUAGCCCCCGCCGCAUAGAACGACUGCAUGUAGUGGAGUAAUUGAUGAAAACAAUCUGUAUCCCCUCGAGAAUGUAGAAUUGUAUUUCAUCAUCAUGUUUGUAGAAUCACUCUCCAUAAAUCAAUCAUCGUGGAAGAAACGACAAUAU